AUGGACUCGGCGGCAAAGGAUGAGCAACCUGCUGACGUCAAACACUUGGCGGCAUUUCUCAUCCGCCACCACUCUGACCAGCUUCACUCCAUCGCUCUUUCCCAAGACCCGAAGCUUCAUUUCCCUCUCUACGUCAAUUUUGCAGAGCUUAUGGAUGACGAUCCUCCGCUUUCACACCUCGUCUUCUCUCAACCCACCGAGUACUUGCGGCUUUUCGACGAGGCGGCUGUUUGGGCUCAUAAAGUCAUAUUGGGGGAUUUGAAUGGUUCCAAUAAAGGGAUAAAGAAGGAAUUCAUUCAUGUUCGUAUCAAUAUUAGCGGUUCACCACUUGAAUGCCCUGAGACUUUUCCGAGCAUUGGGCGUGUGAGAGUCAAGCAUCGUGGGAUUCUGCUCACUCUCAAAGGGACAGUAAUUCGAUCUGGAGCAAUCAAGAUGUAUGAAGGAGAGAGGAAGUAUAUGUGUCAGAAAUGCAAGCACGAAUUCCUGGUUUAUCCUGAGCUGGAAUCGAGAAACUCUAUUAAACUGCCAUCAUAUUGCCCCUCUCAGAGGUCUAAACCCUGUGAAGGCACAAAGUUCGGGCAUUUAGAAGGUUCUAUUACAUGCCAUGAUUAUCAGGAAAUUAAAAUCCAGGAGAGUACACAUGUACUGGGUGUUGGGGCAAUUCCUCGCUCAAUUCCUGUCAUUCUAAAGGACGAUCUUGUUGAUAUUGUUAAAGCUGGAGAUGAUGUUAUCGUUACUGGGAUAUUAACUGCAAAGUGGUCCCCAGACUUAAAAGAUGUGCGUUGUGACCUUGAUCCUAUAUUAAUUGCUAAUUAUGUUAGGAGAACUAAUGAGCUGAAGUCAGAAAUUGAUAUACCUGAUGAUGCUAUUAUGAAAUUUAAGCAGUUCUGGUCCGACUUCAAAGAUACCCCUUUGAAAGGGCGAAACGCCAUUCUACGAGGCAUUUGCCCGCAAAUCUUUGGACUCUUUACUGUAAAGCUUGCAGUCAUGGACUCUAUAGGUAACCGUUGGCAGCUAAAACUCUCAGGUACUGGAAAAUCUCAAUUUUUGAAGUUUGCUGCAAAGUUGAGCAACCGAUCUGUUAUUACAACUGGAUUAGGAAGCACAAGUGCUGGAUUAACUGUCACUGCAGUCAAGGAUGGCGGCGAAUGGAUGUUGGAAGCUGGAGCCCUUGUUUUGGCAGAUGGUGGGCUUUGUUGCAUAGACGAAUUUGAUAGCAUGCGAGAACAUGAUAGGGCAACCAUACAUGAAGCAAUGGAACAGCAGACCAUAAGUGUUGCCAAGGCAGGUCUUGUGACAACUCUCAGUACUAAAACAAUUGUUUUUGGUGCAACCAAUCCCAAGGGACAGUAUGAUCCUGAUCAAUCUCUGUCUGUCAAUACGGCACUCUCUGGUCCCUUAUUGAGCAGAUUUGAUAUAGUCCUUGUACUCUUGGAUACAAAGAAUCCUGAGUGGGAUGGGGUCGUGUCAUCUCACAUUCUUUCUGAGGGAGAACCAGACAAAGGCAAGCAGGAUGAAGAUUUAGCAAACAUCUGGCCAUUUCCUAUGCUCCGCAGAUAUAUUCACUUUGUAAAAGGGUACUUCAGACCAGUCCUUACAAGGGAAGCUGAAAUAGUCAUCUCUAGCUAUUAUCAACUCCAAAGAAGAUCUGCAACUGGCAAUGCAGCGAGGACAACUGUGCGCAUGCUUGAAAGCUUGAUACGCCUAGCUCAAGCACAUGCAAGACUGAUGUUCAGAAAUGAGGUCACUCGUUUGGAUGCGAUUACAGCCAUUUUAUGCAUUGAAUCAUCCAUGACUACCUCGGCCAUCGUAGACAGUGUUGGAAAUGCUCUGCAUUCGAAUUUCACCGAGAACCCUGAUCUGGAAUAUGCCACACAAGAAAGACUGAUCCUUGAAAAGCUAAGAUCAUUUGAUGAUUUCCCUGAUGCAAAUACCAGGCGAUAA